AUGACAUUCCCAACAGCAACAAAAGACACAACCUACGACAUCCCCGACCACAAUACUUUGACGAAGAUCGCCACCCUACCCAUAACAAGAGAAGACGGCACCCAUAUUCCCUUCAGCUCCCUCUAUACCAACCCCGACCAGAAUCCCGGCACAAAGCACCUCAUAAUCUUCAUCCGCCACUUCUACUGCGGCAGCUGCCAGUCCUACGUAGAAACCCUCAACCACAACGCCUCCACCUUCCAAAAGCACAACAUCGUAAUCACCAUCAUCGGCAACGGCCACCCCACCGGAAUCGCACCCUACCGCGCCAAAACAGCCACCAGCUUCCCCAUCUGCACCGAUCCCAAGCGCGAGCUCUACGCCGCCCUGGGCAUGACAGUUACGCUUUCCGCGGGCGAGAAACAGCCAGAGUAUAUCCCGGGCUCGAUGCUGGCAAACGCACUGAAGAGCACGUGGAAUGCGGUCACCUCGCCCGCUGUAUGGGGAGGGAAGGCAGGGAAUUUUGCGCAGAAUGGGGGUGAGUUGCUAUUUGUUCGGGGAGACUUGAAGUGGUGUCAUCGCAUGUUGAACACGAGGGAUCAUGCUGAGUCUGGGGAGUUGAUGGAGGUUUGCGAUGUUCAGGCGUUGGAUGCGGGCAUGGCAGAUGGGAAGUGA